AUGCCCUCCAGCACCCCCAACCCCGCGCUGGCAGCUGCUCCUCCUGUCCUGGACUCCACACUGGACUCACCACCGGCCUGCAUGGACCCGGGAAAUCACUCGGGCGCAGCUCAGUUCCUGCUCCGGGGCCUCUCCGACGACCCCGCCCUGCAGCCGCUGCUCUUCGGGCUCUUCCUGGCCAUGUACCUGGCGGCCGUGCUGGGGAACCUGCUCCUCAUCCUGGCCGUCGGCGCCGACCCCCGCCUGCACACCCCCAUCCUGGCCGUGAUGGCCUACGACCGGUUCGUGGCCAUCUGCCACCCCCUGCACUACAUGGUCAUCAUGAGCCCCCGGCUCUGCGGCCUCCUGGUUCUCAUGUGCUGGUUCACCAUUUUGUGGGUUUCCCUGGUUCAUAUUCUUCUGAUUAUGCAGAUGAAAUUCCCUAUUGGCACGGAAAUCCCACAUUUCUUCUGUGAGCUGGCCCAGAUUCUAAAAGUAGCCUGUUCUGACACCUUCAUCAACAACAUCUGCUUGUAUGUGUUCACGGCCUUACUGGUUGUGGUUCCUGCUGCUGGAAUCCUCUGCUCUUACUCUCAGAUCGCCGCCUCCUUAGUGAAGAUGUCCUCCUCCACCAGCAAGCACAGAGCCUUCUCCACCUGCGGGUCCCACCUCUGUGUGGUCUCCCUGUUCUACGGGACCGGCCUGGGCGUCUACCUCAGUUCCGCUGCGACCCAGUCUUCAGAGGAAAGUUCGGUUGCCUCAGUGAUGUACACGGUGGUCACCCCCAUGCUGAACCCCUUCAUCUACAGCCUGAGGAACAGGGAUGUGAAGGGGGCCCUGGGAAAGCUGCUCAGCAGAGCAGCCUCUCGUCCAUUGUGGGUCUCGGGGCUCAGCAGUUAG